CUGAUUUUCCCUGUUGAGAUUUGAAACAAAACAAACUUGAGACACAACAUAUAUUCAUAGUCCUCAGGAAUUACAAUCAUAGAUUGAUACAUAUCCAACACAAACACCAACAUACAAGUUGAAUUGAAGGGAAGAAGAAGACAGUGAUGGCAACAGGUACCCAAGCCUACGGUGAAUCAUGGUACUGGGACAACCGCUACACCAACGAACCUGGUCCCUUUGAUUGGUACCAAAAGUACAUCACUUUGGCUCCAAUCAUCAACCUCUAUGUCCCUCAAAACCACUCCAUCCUCGUUGUCGGUUCUGGCAACUCAGCUUUCAGUGAAGGGUUGGUUGAUGAGGGUGGUUACUCAGAUGUUGUCAAUGUUGAUAUAUCUUCUGUUGUCAUUGAAGCUAUGCAGAAUAAAUACAAAGAUCGUCCUCAAUUGAAGUAUGUGAAAAUGGAUGUCAGAGACAUGAGUGCUUUUGAAUCAGGAUCUUUUGGUUCUGUUAUUGACAAAGGGACUCUUGACUCUAUCUUGUGUGGAAGUAAUUCAAGACAAAAUGCUACUGAGAUGCUUGAGGAAGUUUGGAGGGUCCUUAAGGAUAAAGGAGUCUAUAUUCUGGUGACAUAUGGAGCUCCGCUAUAUCGCCUGCGCUUGCUAAAGGAAUCAUGCUCUUGGUCAAUAAAACUCCAUGUGAUAGAAAAACUUGCAUCAGAAGAGAAAUCUGAUCAUCCACUUUGGGAGCUGACAAAACCUGUUCCGCUGAAUGACGAUGGUAGCUCUGUGGAGGAAGCCCUUGGCCGGAAUGCUGAUGUCCAUUACAUAUAUAUAUGCACUAAGGAAAGUUCUGCUAACGAACAUUAAAGCAUGAGCGGGCAAUUUGGCGAGGAAGGCACCCAUUUUCACUCUAGAAGUUUCUGUUACUACUUACUGUAGUUGAUCCUAGCAUCCGUAAUGGUAAAUCCAAAGUUAAUGAGCUUAAUUUUCUUUGCAACACAAUGUAUUAUGAUAUUCUGAACGUUUGUGUGAUCUAAAGACAGUAACAUUUCUUCAAUUUUUAAUUUGAUUGAUUCCAAGAGUUGUCUGUUAA